UGAUGAUAAGUACGGAACUGAAGUAGAGGGGAUUUAUUAAUAUCUAAACCUAAUGUCUACUAUUUUCUUCAUUUGGCUAUAUUUUAUAGUUAAUCCAAGCAUAGUGAAUCGAAAACAUUAAUUUUAAUCUUUAACUUAAUUUGAAUUUUAAGCUUUUUUAAUUUUUUAAUAUCCCAAGUUAUCAGCAGUGAUUGAUUUUCGUUGCUAUAGCAGCUGUUGCCAUUUAUAUAUUAUAAAUAAAUAAAGUUAUUGAAUCUAUUGUCAUAAAGGAGUAUUUUUAUUAUCACUUAUAAAAAUGGCACAAGAAGUUGAAGAAACUAUGAAACGAAUUCAAUCUCAUAAAGGUGUUGUUGGAACAAUCGUUGUGAAUUCAGAAGGUAUACCAAUCAAAUCAACACUAGAUAAUACAACAACAGUACAAUAUGCAGGAUUAAUAAGCCAACUUUCUGAUAGAGCAAGAGCUGUAGUUCGAGAUUUGGAUCCGACAAAUGAUUUAACAUUUUUACGUAUUCGGAGUAAAAAGCAUGAAAUUAUGGUAGCACCAGAUAAAGAAUUUAUUUUAAUUGUCGUACAAAAUCCAGUGGAUUGAAUUUAUUUUAAAAUGUGAUGAGUAAAAUAAUCUGUUUUUUAUUCCCAAAUCAAAUCAAGAAAUUAUUCAUAGAAAUUUUAUUACAAAAAACGAUAUUUAUUUGUUUUUAUCAGUGUUGACAGAUUUUUAUCGCUUGAUUUUUUCAUUAAAUUUUUUUAUAUUGAUAAUGAUGUAAUUAUAAAAUGUCAUGGUUAUUUAUUACAAUAUAAAAAUUAAUUUAACGUAACGUAAUAAAAUAAUUAAGUAAUUAUA